GCUCCCUACAUUGAUUUCUAAAACAAGAAGCAAAAUCAGCAGUCGAAGCAAUGGCGCUUUCACUGGCUCCAAUUGCUUCCUUCUCCCUUCUCACUCCAGCCAACAAACCAAUGUGGAGAAGAAGCCCUUUCUCUCUCCCAAUUUCGCCUUCUUUCUUCGAAAUGAAAUUUUGGAGGAAAUUCUCCACCUUGCAAAAAGCGUCCUCUCAUGGAGUCAGAGUUUCUAGAAGAACAUUUAUGGUAGUUCAAUGUUCUCUGGAGAGUAAUGUAAAUGAUGCAACUGGAUCAGAAUUACCACCCUUGGAAGGAUCAGAGAAGCCUGUAUCAGUAGAAAGCCUUCCCUUGGAAUCAAAGCAACAAAUGCUGCUUGAGCAGAAAUUGAGGAUGAAGUUAGCAAAGAAGAUCAGACUGCGAAGGAAACGUCUCGUUCGAAAGCGAAGAAUGAGGAAGAAGGGCAGAUGGCCUCCUUCAAAGAUGAAGAAGAAUAAAAAUGUGUAGCUGGUUCUUUGGUUAACUCUGCAGGUUUGGUUCCAAGUCACUUCGUUUUUUUGCAUUUGCUCUAAUGGUUAUGCUUCUUGAUGUAGAAAUGCUAUAUUAUUGCGCACAAUUUUAAGAAAUUUAUUCCACUUACAGUUCCCAAAUUCCAUGCUGGCAAUUUUAUCUAAUUUAAGAAUCAAUUGCACCC